AUGACACAACAAAUCAGUCUCUUAACCCAGAUGAUUGAACAAUUUAUCAUAAUUCAUAAAGAGACAGAAAAGAAAACACCAGUCCCAGAGGUCAUACAAACAGACACUAAUACUGUCAUUACAGAGGUACAGGAGUUGAAACAAAUGAUCUCGGAAAUCAAAGCAACACCACCCUGUAUCACCACAACAAUAAAUGAACAAAGUGAGGACGUUAAAAAAGUUUUAGAACCGAUCAUCGUCACCAUGAAAACGAUGAUGAAGGAUAUAAAUGAAAUAAAAGAAUUCAAUACAAGUCAGCUAGCUUUCCAAAGCAAUUCAAGCUUGGGAGCAGAAUUGGCAAUCGCGGAAAUUAAGGAUAAGAUUGAUGAACUAUGGAGCGCAGGGGGAGUCCCCUGCGCUCCACCAAUGGAAAGGGAAACUAACGUACGGGUAGCCCCAGCACCAUAUAAGCCACCGCAAAAGACCUAUGCCAAUGCUACGUUGAGGUUAAAGCGUGUCAGUGAACACGAGGCGUGCGGCGACGGUGCAGACUUCAGUGGAGCCUUCGAAGAUGGACCGAGGAAUCCCCCAAGCAUACAAUCGCCGCAGCUGGAGACACUUUCAACGGCCAUCAGCGAGAAGUUGUCGCAGCCAUCAUCUCAUCCUGCAACAGGAAAACGUCCAGCGGACUCCGCUCCGACAGACGCAACUACAAUAAACAAAAAUGCCUCUUCCUACACCCCCACUCUGCGAACUAAAAUGUCGCAAACUUCAGCUAAAAGCGACAGCUCGAUCCGAUCCUCCGUUUGUGAUCCGGUAGAUGCGGCUAUCGACAAAGAAUCCAAAGCGAUACGGGGUUGGUUGAACUUUGAAACCCAAGAGCCCUUCCGCAAAACGAGUGACCUACUCAAAGCUGUGACGGACUUAGACAAGCGCAUAGGUGUGAUCCAGUCGAACUUGAGUCAGCAAAAGGAAGAAGGUGCAGACAACAUCUUAUCUCACCUAAGAGUGGACCUUACUGGAAUGCGCAGAGUCAUCGAAAAGUCCGAAAACAACACCAAGAAGGUUCUGGAGACCGACCAAAAAACCCUGCUACGCCUGGAGUCACCACCAUCCCACCCCUCAAAGGAAAUAAGUAAAACGUUGGAACAUGAGCUGAAUGGAAUGAAGAGUUCGCUGAAGGAGAUAGAUACAAGUAUCAGAUCUGGACUUUCAAUCUUACCUUCAGCGGACUCCAGUAAAAUAUUCCAAACCAGCAUAAGGGAACAUCUUCAACCUAUAGAAGAACACUUAGGUGCAAUGUCAUCCGAGUUGAGGACGAUGAGAGAACAGAAGCAACGGGCCCCAUCACCUACAGCCCCAAGUCUAGCAACAGAGCUUGCACAAACUGGCGAAGCAGCAACAAAGCCAAAAAAGACAUACGCCAGAGUGGCUGCAAGCCCUCCCCUUCCUAAACCCAAUCACACUCUCAUUAUCACAUCAACUGAUUCGAAAAACACAGCCGAAAACAUCAUCGAGAGAAUCAGGGAGGCUCUAGACACAAAAAAGACUGGAGUUUGGCUCCAUCGUAGAUAG